AUUUGGUCCACUUCACAAUGCUGUCCACCGCGACAAGACAUUCGAUCACUGAAGUUUUGGGAUUAGUGCAGAAGACUGUACUGAAUGCGGCGACGGAGGUCGAAGAGGAGGCUUUGGCAAGGGUGGCAGCGCUGAAUUCGGAGCUGCAAAUCUUGCGCGUUGAACUCAACACUUCGAGGGCCGAAUUACAAGACGCGAAGCUUGAACGUGACGACGUGCGCAAAAACCUCCACGAAUCUGAGCUGCAAAUGACCGGGUACGAACGCGAACUCGUACAGAUGAGGGCAACGGCAUGUCUAACUACAAUUGACAACCUUCGACGUGAAGUUAAUCACUGGAAAGAACAGGCCAAAAACUGGCAAGAUCAUUACACUCGUGUUGAGCAGGACCGGUGCGGGCUGUCUACGGAGCUUUUAACCCUAUCCCGCUCCGCAUUCUCCGAAUCCCCCUCCAAGCCGCACAAUGCUUCCGAAUACAUCAAGGGUUCUUCCUCGUCAACGCGCCCUCCGGCCUACAAAUCUGUUCUCCCGCCUAGUCCAUUAAAUACGGCCUUGCUCGCGGAAAGCGCGAGCGUUCGCCGUAACCCCCUUACCAAGCCACCCUCUGCUUCAAGACCUGAUCACGCCGACGGUGCAUUAUCUUUCCAGAAACCAUCCAAGGGCGCCGCCGCAAAACAGGCGCAGACCUCAGCUCAACCGCCACGACAAAUCUUCGUACGCCGCGUACAGGCCGUGAUUCAAGUCAAGGAGGAGGAGGAUUCUGCGCUGGAAAACGACGAAGACCAAGAUGAGGAGGAUCUGGGCUCGAUACGGACUGUGAAGCGCCGGAGCAGGGUCAUUCAGGAUGAAGACGAAGAUGACGAUGGCGACGACCUGAGCUCCAAGAGCAGUGAUAAUGAGGCUGCUCUUGACCAGGCAUUUGAUGGAGCAGAGGAAAGCGGCGACGAGCUUGCAUUUACAGGCCCCUCUGCCGCCAGUCGGUCCAGUGCUCAAAGCGUGCGCCAGAAAAAACGCAACGCAGGUGCAGUGGACGUGACCCCUACAAAACGUCGAAAGGUCGCGCUGCGAGAUCAAACGCCCGCUAAGAGACGAUGAUCUGCGCCUCACUUGACCUGUCUUC